GAUAUAUCCGCCGUCCUCGCGGUGCUUCUGUGACAAGUUGGACGUUGCCAGUGACGUUGGUUGGAGCCGUGCGUGGCUGAGUGACACCGUGGUUUCUUUCCUUCUUCGUCAAUCGCUCACAGUUCGCGCGCGCGCGUGGCGACGAUGAAGAAACUUUACGUUGUAAUUGCGGCUUUGCUCAUGCUGGCGGGGCUCGUUUCCGCCAGCGAAAACGAGGAGAAUGUUGGGACCGUCGACGACGACCUCGGUGCGAGUCGCGAGGCAUCCAGAACAGAUCACGAAGCAGUUCAAAGAGAAGAAGAAGCGAUAAAAAUAGAUGGUUUAAAUACUGCUCAGAUAAAGGAACUGAGGGAGAAAGCUGAGAAAUUUGCAUUUCAGACUGAGGUCAAUCGUAUGAUGAAGCUUAUCAUUAAUUCUCUGUACCGUAAUAAAGAAAUCUAUCUCAGAGAAUUGAUCUCUAAUGCAUCCGAUGCUUUGGAUAAGAUCAGGCUGUUGUCUCUCACUGACAGGAGCGUAUUAGAUACCAACAGUGAACUAGCUAUUAGAUUAAAAGCUGACAAAGACAACAAGGUGUUACACAUAAUGGAUUCUGGUAUUGGUAUGACUAAACAAGACUUAGUAAGCAAUCUUGGAACCAUUGCAAAAUCUGGCACAGCUGAGUUCUUAGGGAAGAUGCAGGAGGCCACUAAUGUUCAAGAUAUGAAUGACAUGAUUGGGCAGUUUGGUGUAGGUUUCUAUUCUGCUUACUUAGUCUCAAAUGUUGUGAUUGUUACCACUAAACACAAUGACGACAAACAAUACAUUUGGGAGUCUGACAGUAGCAAUUACAGCAUUGUUGAAGAUCCACGGGGAGAUACUUUGAAGAGAGGAACAACUGUCAGCUUGCAUCUGAAGGAUGAAGCACUAGACUUUUUGGAGCCAGACACGAUAAAGACCUUGGUGAAGAAGUACUCACAGUUUAUCAACUUCCCCAUAUACUUGUGGAACAGCAAGGUCAUUCAAGUCGACGCAGACGAAGAGGAGAGUGAUAAACCCACGAAAGAAGAUGCGGAAAAAGAUGCCUCUGAGGACAAGAUAGAGGAUGAAGAUGAUACAAAGGUGGAGGAAGAUGCAGACGAGAAGAAAUCCAAGAAAAUAGAAAAAACCGUGUGGGAUUGGGAAUUGUUGAACGAUUCCAAGCCGAUCUGGACGAUGAAACCGAGUGAAGUCGAAGAUAAGGAGUAUAAUGAAUUUUACAGAACACUCACCAAGGACAACCAGGAGCCCUUAGCAAAGAUACACUUUGUCGCUGAGGGUGAAGUUACAUUCAAGUCUGUCUUGUUCAUCCCCAAGGUUCAACCGGGCGACAGUUUCAAUCGUUAUGGCACCAAGUCGGAUAACAUCAAGUUGUACGUGCGAAGAGUCUUCAUUACCGAUAAGUUCAACGAUAUGAUGCCGAAUUACCUGUCGUUUAUCCGUGGUAUCGUGGAUAGCGACGAUCUGCCGCUCAAUGUUUCCCGUGAGAAUCUUCAGCAACAUAAGCUGAUCAAGGUAAUCAAGAAAAAGCUGGUCAGGAAAGUAUUGGACAUGAUCAAGAAGAUCCCCAAAGAGGACUAUGAAAAGUUCUGGAAGGAAUACAGCACAAACAUCAAGCUGGGCUUGGUCGAUGACGUGCAAAAUCGUGCGAGACUGUCCAAGCUCUUGCAAUUCCAGUCGUCCACCCAGAAGGAAAUGACCUUCUUGGCUGACUACGUCGCCCGUAUGAAACCCAACCAGCAGCACAUCUUCUACAUCGCCGGGUCGUCGGAAGACGAGGUGAAGAAGUCACCGUUCGUCGAGCGUCUCGAGAAAAAGGGCUACGAGGUGCUGCAAUUGUCCGAGGCUGCGGACGAGUACGCUAUCUCGUCACUGUCCGAGUUUGAAGGCAAGAAAUUCCAGAAUGUCGCGAAGGAAGGAUUCACGCUCAACGAGGGCGAGAAAGCCAAGGAGCGAAUGGAGCAAUUGAAGACGACGUUUGAACCGUUGAUUAAGUGGCUAAACGACAUCUUGAAGGAACACAUCAGCAAGGCGCAGGUGUCCGAGCGUUUGACCGACUCGCCUUGCGCUUUGGUCGCCAGCAUGUUCGGCUGGACCGGCAAUAUGGAGAGACUAGCGAUCUCGAACGCGCAUCAAAAGUCGGACGAUCCACAGAAAUCCUACUACCUGAACCAGAAGAAGAUGCUGGAGAUCAACCCACGUCAUCCGCUCAUCAGGGAGCUGUUGCGUCGUGUUGAGGUCGACUUGGCCGAUCAGACGGCGAAGGACAUCGCUCUGAUGAUGUAUCGCACUUCUGUGCUACGGUCCGGCUACAUGCUCAAAGAGACCGCCGGUUUUGCGACCAGCGUGGAGCAGAUGAUGAGGAAGACCUUAGGCAUCUCUGUGGAUGAGGUGCCCGAAGAAGAGGAGAUGCAGGACGAGGAGAUGCCUAGCAACGAUACGGAGGAGAAGGUCUCGGACAUCGACGCCGAGGAUGAGAAAGACGAGGAGCACGAUGAAUUGUAAUAGCGGAUGAGAAUACGAGGCGAGGAUAUUCCAGAGAGAGAAAGAGAAAGACAGACAUAAUUUAAAAAGUCGUAACUAUACAGUGUAUAGUUACAUUUAAAGUUCUUCUAAUCGGUCGUGAGCCCGUGGACAUUUUUACGUGCAAAUUGCGCUGAAAGUUUGUUUAGACUUCUUUCCAUUUGAGAUCUAGUUUCAGUUAACGUUGCUGUUGUCCAGAAACUCGUUGGAGAGACAUUCAUAUAUGCCGAAUAUUCUUUUCCUACGUAAAAUUAAGUUAUUGUGCACAUUGUCGAGUCAUCUUUUUCAUCGAUGUUUUGAAAGAAGUGUCUGAAAACGUGUGCGUAUGUGUAAUAACUUUCGUUGGUUCUUCCACGUUUUUUUAUGACGUAAGAGAGCACUGACUGAGCGUUACUGAUGUAACAAGAAUGUUUGAGACAUUUGUGAGUGCAUUUGUACAAGAGAUAUUAAAUGAGUUAUAUUAAAGUAAUAUAUAAUGUACAUCUAUUAUAUUUGAAGGAGACAGAGAGAGAGAGAGAGAGAGAGAGAGUCGAGUGUAUAAUCCAUUCUCGCGUCCUAAAGUAAAAUCUCAUAUGGUUUACUUCUCAGAUUGAUUUACAAAUAAAAAAUAUAUAUAUUCUAUUUGUGUGUUCCCGCGAGGGCUCUCUAAUUUACCGUUGACGUCUGCAUGCAAAACCGAUGGAAGCUGAUAGUCGCUUCCACAUCUCGAACAAAACAAGACAACUUCCCUCGCGGAUUUGUCUAAUUUAUAUUCUAUCUAGAGCAAAAGAGGUGUAGACGGGAACAAGGAGCGGGGACAAGGGUUAAGUACAAAAAUAGAACCUAGUCUAGAGCAAUGAAGUACGCAAUAAUAAUUAUUAUUAAUAAUAAUUAUUCUCUCAAUGAAACAUUUUCUCUAACUCGUACACAUACGAUAAAUAUAUCGCAUCAUUUUCGAAGAGAGGAAACCACUUUCUUUUUCCUUUUAAAUAAUACAUGAUCUGCUACGAGGGGCAUGAGCGCCGAAUGUUCGAGCGGGUGAAAAUCGAGCUGGAAAUACAUACGUAUCUCGGUGGUUUGCAAGGCGAACGAAAAUUAAUAAAAUAACGAAAAUUAACGCGAGAAUUUGGCUACGGAACGAUCCGUCGAGAUGACAACGUUCACUAUGGAAGUCCGCGUAUGUAAUACAUUUGGGUUUUUUCAGCGAGAAGAACAAACUAGAUAUAGAAAUCGUAUAUAGUUACAUUAUUUAUAGAGUAUAUAUUUACAUCUCUCUCUCUCUCUCU